UGCUGACUUGAAAAUGAAUAUGGUAUUCAUAUGAAUAGAACUAUGCUAAGUGAUGAAAAAAGAAUGUUGAAAUUGUUGAGUUUAAAUCGAAGCCCUGAAAUGUUUGGCACAUCCAGCUGGUGAUGUCAUGAUAUGUCCCACUAAAAGUUAGCCCACCAGCGGUGCACCUUCCGACAUGCGACCCAGACAACUGGAGCCAUUAGCCUUCAACUGUAUCAAGAUCCCUAAACUUGAUUAACUUAGUCUCUACCUCAUUCAACCUUUUAAAGAUGAGGCUCUCGUCUUUAUAUUGUAUCCAACUGCUAGCAGCGACAGCAUCUGCCCAACUCGUCGCCUUACCCUUCAAGCUCCGCCCGCAACCCAGCAAUCAACAGCCCCUCAUGGAUCCCGUCGGUCCCGUCGUACCACCUUCCAAGCAACCCGCGGGCUCUAAACCGCAACCACCUCCCUCCCAAGGAGGAGUGCUGAUUUCAGAUGUAAUGGGUCGUGAUCGGAGUAUCAACAUAUUCGCCGGAUUUACCCGCGAUAUCGAAUCGAUAUCCUCGCGUCUCGACGACUCGUCGAAGAAUAGCACUGUGCUCGCCCCGCGUAACUCUGCCGUCGAUCAACUACCGCGCAAACCUUGGGAAGAUCCUAAAGACUACGAGGCACUUGGUGCUAAUGCAUACGAGGGUGGUGAUGGUCAAGAUAGGGCACAUAGGAAUCUGAGGAGGUUUGUUGAGGCGCACGUGGUUCCUUUUAGCCCGUGGCCUGAGAAUGAGAAGGUAAAGACAUUACUAGAUGGGGAUAGGGAGAUAUGGUGGGAGACGAAAGAUGGUGUCAAAACAAUCCAACCCGAUGGGAUCGAGAUUGACAGUAUCGCCAGCAGAGUUGGCAAUGGUGAACUAUGGAUUAUAAGAGGUGUUCGAAACUAUGCCUAAUGCAUGAUAUAUUAUGAUUGUUAGUUAGGCGUUUCGAGGUGUAAGGCCUGUAUUUUUAUGAUAUUAGUGUUGGUUCCGGGUCAAUAACUCAAAGUUUAUGGGAUCCGGGUCGGUAUAUGGGACGCACCGGUAUUUUCUCUUUUUGAUAAGAAUGUUGAUCAUCUAGGCGGCAUUGCUACGCGGUAGAUGUAGUCUCCUGACUGACAUAACUAGAGAGUGAUAUCUCGAUGGAUAGUCAUCUCUGAGCAUGUUAGGGUUAGGGUGGCCUAGAAGAAUAAGCGUCUAAGUCUAAUUAUGAGAUAUUUGAGUGAGAUAUUAGUUGUUGGACAAAAUACCGUCUUUACUCUUCUACUUUUAAUGCGAUGUCAAAGAUUGUCUCAUGAAAUUCCUUAGGCCAAUCACUAACUCUAAGACUCUGGAUGGCACAAUCCUAUGUACAAGAGGAAUAUUUUCGACCACAAUGGAAAAAAGCAAAUAUCGGUUUCUAGGGUUAUCGAGAUAAAGCUAUAGUUAGUACAGACUGUUGAUUCCCUAGCCCUAGGCUGAUUUAGCACACAUUAUCGAUAUUAAAGUUCUUGUACUUUGAAGCUAUCGAUAUUGAGCCGCAUUUUUGCU